UCGAACUGCAGAACCACACGUGUUGUUCAUCUUUAAGAGAAAAAAAAAUCCUAGUUAUUCAAUAACUUGUGUACUUUCGGCAAAUUUUCGUCUGUUUACAGUGAAAAUGUCGUUCUUCUGUCUGAUGCAGGAGUUUUACAAGUAUUUUUUCAAAGGAUACUGAUGCAUUAGCAGCAAUACGUGAUAGUGGAUUUAUCAGGACAUUAAAGUGUGUCACGCAGCCAGCGGAAGCAGCGCCGUCGUCCACGCAGCAGCCAUCAUGGAUACCUCAUGGGCUAGUCUGAAGGUGAAGCUCAUCCCCCCGAUCACGCGCACCCUGCAGGACUUCAAGUUCAAGAGCAUGACGCCGGUGCAGGCGGCAUGCAUCCCGAUGCUUCUCAGCCACAAGGACGUGGUCGCCGAGGCCGUGACGGGCAGCGGCAAGACGCUGGCCUUCCUGAUCCCGGUGUUGCAGAUCCUGGAGAGGCGCGAGCAGAAGCUGAAGAAGCACGAGAUCGGCGCCCUGGUGGUGUCGCCGACGAGGGAGUUGGCCACGCAGAUCCACGAGGUGCUGCAGGGCUUCCUCAAGCACCUGCCCGACCGCACGUCCAUGCUGGCGGUGGGCGGCUCGUACCCCAGCGAGGACGUCGACCGCUUCAAGGCGAACGGGGCGCACAUCCUCAUCGGGACGCCCGGGAGGCUGGAGGACCUGCUGGGCCGCCAAAUAGCGGACUGCGGGAGCUUCGCGGACGGCGUGCGCGCCCUCGAGGUGCUCAUCCUCGACGAGGCCGACAGGCUGCUGGACAUGGGUUUCCACUCCACCAUCAGCACCAUCAUCGCCUACCUGCCCAAGCAGAGGAGGACGGGCCUGUUCUCGGCCACGCAGACCUCGGACGUCGUGACCCUUGUGCGGGCAGGCCUCAGAAACCCAGUGCAGGUCAAAGUCAAGGAGAAGGACGCCACGGGCGACGAAAGGACGCCAAAAAGCCUCAUGAAUUUUUACAUGGAGUGUGAACCUGAUAAGAAGUUCGCAACCCUCCUCGCUGUGUUGAGGGAGAAGAGGAGUGAGAAGUGCAUGGUGUUCUUCCCCACGUGUGCGUGUGUGGAGUACUUUACGAUUAUUCUGAAGGAGACCUUGAAGAACAUGAAGAUCCUGUCCCUGCACGGCAGGAUGAAGGACAAGAGAUUCAAGAUCUUCGACGAGUUCCGGUCCCUGGCGAGCGGCGUCCUGCUGUGCACGGACGUGAUGUGCCGCGGCGUGGACAUCCCCCGCGUGGACUGGGUGAUCCAGUUCGACCCGCCGUCGUCCGCCACGGCCUUCGUGCACCGCUGCGGCCGCACCGCCAGGAUCGGCAACGAGGGCAACGCCAUCGUCAUGCUGCUCCCCUCGGAGACGGACUACGUGGAGUUCAUCCAGAUCAACCAGAAGGUGACGCUGCGCCGCCUGAGGCCGCCCGCCGAGGUGCCCGACCUGCUGGCCAAGAUGCGGAGGAUGCAGCUCAAGGACCGCAACGUGAUGGACAAGGCCAACCGCGCCUUCGUGUCCUUCAUCAAGUCGUACGCCAAGCACGAGUGCAGCCUCAUCCUGAGCGUGAAGGAGCUCAACUUCGGCCACGCGGCCACCAGCUUCGGCCUCCUCAGAAUGCCCAAGAUGCCCGAGCUCAAGGACACCACCGUGCCGGACUUCACGCCGGUCGAGGUCGACUUCAACGCGAUCCCGUACAAGGACAAGCAGAGGGAGCAGAGCCGCCAGCGGAAGAUGCAGGAGUACGAGCAGACGGGCGAGUGGCCGGGCAUGAAGCCGCGGAAGCGCAAGACGGAGGCGUGGUCGGAGCAGAAGGACAAGAAGCGCAGGAAGCAGCGGAAGAAGGAGCUCAAGGAGAUGAGGGCCAAGAACAGGUUCACAGCCGAGGAGCAGGACGAGGUGAACGAGGACUUCCGCCUGCUCAAGAAGCUGCAGAAGGGGAAGAUCAACAGCUCGGCCUUCGACAAGCACUUUGGCCUCGACGAUGACUGAGAGCUGACGGCUGGAGGCUUUAGAGUCAAGUAAACGAAUUGCUGUGGUGUUGCAACCCGCCCAGAAUUGUUUUUCCUCAUAAAAAUUAGUUAUGUAUUGUUUAUAGAGGAUAUUUUUCCAAGAUGCCCUGUAUGCGUGUGUAUAUAUAUUAUUGAAAUUUUGUUUUGUUGACUUGUCUUCAUUUUAUACAUUGGACCAUGUAUUCAUCAUUCACUUUUUCUGUAAUUUCAUAAAUACAUUAUCAUUUUGGUAAA